AUGGAUGGACAACGGCAACAAUAUAUACCUGCUCCGCCGCAUCACAUCUCGCAGUCUGGCUCCCAGGCGCAUAUGAUGUCUUUCCCGCCACCUCCUCCCCGAAUCGCCCAUGCAGCACACAGUCUAGUUCCGCCCCCUCCACCAGGUCCUCCGCCUGGUUCAACUUAUGGGGUCCAACAGGGAUGGCAACAAGGGUGGGGAAGGCAUCAGGCAAUGGCACAGCCUUUUCCCCCUCCCCCUCCCCCUCUGCUCAACCCCAACCAAGCACAAAACCCACAUCUAGCGUACAGCGUUACUCGUUCUCGUCAGCCUGCCCCUUUAUCUAUACCUUCCCGAUCGAUAUCUAAUGAGAUACAGCCUCUCACAUCCGCAACGUAUAUUCCUGGUGGUGAAUCAUUUGGUCCCGGAGUUGGCAUCCCUCCCCUUUUCACUCAUGACCUGCAGGAGCAAUACGGAUGUCCUCCCGAACAGUACCAAUAUUCCAUUGAAUCGGACAGUAUGAGACAUGUUUCCAACCCAACGAAUAGUGAUGGAGCUAUGCAACAUAAUACCGGGAAUCGAUCACAUCAAUUAACCCUUCCGUUGCGCGACCCUAAGGACGUAAUAUCUCCAGGACCUCCAACUGCGACUUUGCAGAAUCCGCAACCCCACAAUUCCGCCCAGGUAAAUGAGUAUUUUGUGGGUGGUAUGACGGCUCAGGAGGCCGACGAACGUUGGCCUCUCGAUCGUGUUUUGCUGUGGCUUGCCCAAAACGGAUUCUCUAACGAUUGGCAGGAAACUUUUCGCGUACUAGAGCUAUGCGGUGCUAGUUUCGUGGAGCUUGGUAGUCGUGCUAAUGGCAGAAGAGAUCUGAGUAAGAUGCACAAGGUGGUUUAUCCUCAGCUCACAAAGGAGUGCAUCAAGAGUGGCACUGGAUGGGAUAAGGCAAGGGAACGGGAGGAGGGAAAGCGAAUGCGGAAUUUGAUACGGAGGAUUGCUGAUCAGGGUACCUCGGACAAUGCAACCCUGGGGACGAGAUAUUACGAGAAUUCAAUGUUGCCAAGUGCGUCCACAGAUGGAGGAUUGGAAAAUUCACCCAAUUUGGGGCGGGAUUCGUUUCCAAAUCACAUUACUGGAACUGCUGAAAGUAGCCCUUGUCAACAAUAUACUGUCAAAGCAACACCUCUCAAUGUGAUUCAGAAGCAAUAUUCCUGCCAUCGGACUGAAUCAGGAACUCCGGAUGCUCGGUCAGACUUCUCUCGAAGCGUUUUUGGAAUGCUAGAUGGGCGCCGUGGCCACAGCCCGUCUGCCUCAAGUGAUAAUGGAAUUCUCGCCGUUUCAGAGGAGCACCCUCAAAGUGGCAGCCCUGCCCCUAAUUACGUCACAAUGGCACCAAGAAUAUGUCCCAUACUCUGUGGAAGCGAACGGAAGAUCUGA